AUGUCACAUCUUAACCGUGAAGAGGUGUUUGUCAUCUCAAAGUACUUUGAAAACUUUUCAGACUAUGUAGCACUUGUUUUAGUUGCAAAGAAGUAUGAAGACAUUUUAUUAAAACAUACAUCUAACCCUAUUCCUUUGUCACAAAGUAUUAUUCAACACUUUUCACAUAUCAACACACUCAAUCUGUGGAGCGAAAAUGACGAGUUUUAUUUCAUCAAAUCGACAUCAGAAGAAGAAGAUGAAGUCAUACAAUUUGAGCACACUAUUUUGUGGUAUGAUGUAGAUUAUCAAACGGCACUUUCCAACAUGAGUAGUCAAAUUACACUUGCAAAUGUGACCUUCACACAAAAUGACAAAUUGUGUUACAAAGACAUCACAAACAAUUUUCACUCACAACUGUUUAUCACAAAAUUUGGAGAGGAGUGUUUCCUUGAGUGUUCUUUUUUGACGUCACUUGUCAUGCCAAACACACUCACAAAAAUCUGUGAUUGUUGCUUUGAAGAGUGUACUUCCCUCGUCGACAUUAAAAUGUCUCAAAAUUUGGUUGAAAUUGGAAAAGGUGCUUUUCAGUAUUGUGCGGCACUGCAGUCCAUUGAAGUCCCAAAAGGUGUCACAAAAAUAGAAGAUUCAACUUUCUUUGGAUGUUCGUCCUUAUCAAGUGUGACUUAUAAAGGAAAAGUUGAGUACUUUGGAGAAAACUGUUUCUUUGGAUGUGACGCCCUCCGUCUCAAACUUAUUUCAAAUGAAACAAAAGAACUUAAAAUUAAUAACAUUUUCAGUUCUGACAAAUUUGUCAAUUUUCAGGUACAAAAUAGUGUGACUCAAAUUUGUGAAUUCUGCUUUAGAAGCUGCAACAAAUUGAAAAGUGUAGUUAUAGGAAAUUGCACAGAGGCACUGGGAAGAUUUUCAUAUUCAAAUUGUCUUGUUUUAAGUAACAUACAAAUUUCAAAUUCGGUGCAACGAGUGGACGACUAUUGUUUCAGUGAGUGCAUAUCACUCAAAACCUUGUUGAUUCCAAAUUCGGUGACAUAUCUUGGGAAAUUCAGUUGUUAUAAGUGUGACAGUCUCACUCGAAUAGAGCUUUCUAAUGCACUGGAAAAGCUCAAGAGCCACACGUUUGAUGGAUGUCGAUCGCUUAAAGUGAUUGAAUUACCACCAACACUGCAAAGAAUAGGGAAAUAUUGUUUCAAAUUAUGUGAGUCACUGAGAACAAUUACAGUGCCAAAUUCCGUGAAUGAAAUUCCCAAUUUCUGUUUUCAAAAUUGUCGUUCACUGACUGCAAUUGGUCUCCCAAACACAUUAAAAUCCUUUGGAGACAGCGCAUUUGCAUUUUGUUAUUCAUUAAGUCGGUUCGAGUUGCCAAACGAUUUACAAUCCAUUGGAAUGAUGUGCUUCAAUGGGUGUUAUUCUCUCACGUCUAUAAAAAUACUCAAAGGAGUGACUUCUUUGGGAAAGUGUUGCUUUAAAGAGUGUGUUUUGUUGUCACAUGUCAUCAUUGAAGGAGAGGACAAGGUCAUUGGAGAAAAUUGCUUUGAAGAAUGUUCGGAAUUGAAAUGUGUGGAUAUCCCAAAAAAUACAAUUUAUGACGGCCAAAACUGCUUUUUGGGGUGUAAUUUAUUAUCUAUUUAG